GCACAAAAAAUAAAUAAAUGAAUAAAAGAAAAUAUAAAAACGAUGAAGGCCAAAGCCCGUCAUCAUCGGAUUCUCAAGAUCAAGUGAUCAUAAAUAUGCCACCAGCCGCUGAAAACGCCCAUGUUGUGUAUCUGCCAGAUGCGAAUUUAGGCGCCACUGAGACGGAGAAUCCUGUGAGUUCUGACCAGGUGAAAUCUCCAUCGAGUUCGGAUCAAAUGUUGGGCAAGCGUGUGACUUUCGAUAUAGAUGAUGCGCCCAGUACGAGUAGCCAGUCCGCAGAAAAGAGACAACAGCUGUUAACUGAGGAUCCUCAGACCAAGAUAUCUAUCCCCGUCAGGGUAGAAACCCCUAAGCAGUUGCAUAAGGUACUGCUCUAUUACUUCUCCCGCAAUGUGGAUGGCAUUGAAGGGCGCCAGGAAUGCCGUCCAGCUGUUUUUCUACCAGUUCCGCAAUACUGCGAACUGGGCACUCAGACGGCUGAGUUAAUAUCAAAACCACGACGAUUCCGUUUGGAUCUGACCACCGUUAGAACAGAUCGAAACCGAGCGCCAUGCGAAAGAUCCCAGCACACGAUCACCAUCAGUGGCAACAAUCUACCGCCCAAUCCUCCCCAGCUUCGGCAAACGAUAUGUGCACGAAUUGGUCGCUCAAUUGGCGAUUGUUUUGGAGCCUUCUGCCUAUGUCUGCAGGUCAACAAGGACUGUGUCUUCUGUCUGGGCUUCUUUGUGGCCUUCGUGGUCAGUUGCAGCUUCCUCACGGCCUUCUUCUACCGAACCCUCAGCUUCACCGCAUCACCUGUCCGGGUGGCUGCCAGUCCAGUGAGUGGCACCUCGCACUACGAACUGGCCACUCUGAGGUUCAACGGGGCUUACUACUAUAUCUACAAUAGUAACCAACAAAAAUUUAUGUAGCCCAAUUGGUUUUGAGUUUUAUUGGUGUGGGUCUAUGGAGUUUAUUGAUUCAAAUCAAA